UUAAUUAGAUCAAUUAUCAAGCAUGAGUUUGUAUAAAAAGGCACGAUUGCAGUGGCAAGAUGCACUGAUCGUUGGGACAUUAACAUCUGUUGAACACAGUAUGGCAAGCUCCAUCCUUCUCUCCUCUGUAGCAAAAAGGCUCGAAGGGAAGGUGGCCUUGAUCACCGGCGGGGCGAGCGGCCUCGGCGAGUGCACCGCCAAGCUGUUCGCCCGCCUCGGCGCUCGAGUAGUCGUGGCGGACAUCCAAGACCACAAAGGCCGCGUUCUGUGCGACUCACUCGGCCCGGACACCGCCUCCUACUUCCACUGCGACGUCACCAAGGAGUCCGACGUGGCAAGCGCCGUCGACGCCGCCGUCGCCCGGCACGGGAAGCUCGACGUCAUGUUCAGCAACGCCGGCGUCGCGGGACCGUGGAAGAAGUCGUUCCCAGACUGCGAGGUGGAUGACUUCCAGCGGUUGAUGUCGGUGAACGUGACGGGGGUGUUCCUGACCACCAAGCACGCGGCGAGGGUGAUGACGCCGGCGAGGCAGGGGAGCAUCGUAAUCACCGCGAGCACCGCGUCGACUAUUGCAGGAUUAUUGGUGCCGCACGCAUACACGUGCUCCAAGCACGCGGUGGUGGGGCUGAUGAGGAGCGCGGCGGCCGAGCUGGGCAAGCACGGGAUUCGGGUCAACUGCGUGUCGCCGCACGUGGUGGCGACGCCGCUGGCGAUGGCAUCGUUUGACUUAGACAAGGAGGCCUUUGAGGCCACGAUUGAGAGGUCGGCCAACCUGAAAGGAGUGAGGCUGGGAGCGGAGGACGUGGCGCAGGCGGUGGCGUACCUCGCCGGCGACGAGUCUAGGUACGUGAGCGGCGUCAAUCUGCUGUUGGACGGAGGCUUCACCAUCGCCAAGGGGUAGAUGGAGCCGAAGCUACCCAGAGUGAAUUUCUCCAUCGCUAGAUGCUCAUGCAGGAAACCUGAGGCAAGAUUAGAAACCUCUAUCACAUAUGGAUCUUGAUCAAUUAAUGGUCACCCUCUGGGGCAGUUCAGAGUAUUCAUUUGGAGGCUCCACAUUAUUAGUGCUCAUCCUCACUAAAAGAGAAGGGUGCAAAUAUAUUUUUUAAAGUUGUAUGAGAUAUUUAGUUUACCCUGAUUAAUUUUAAAGAUAAUUAAUUUAGUUCUAUAUAAAUUUUCCACCAA